UUGUGUCAAAAUAUUUAAAUAUUUUAACUUUUCCAAUAUGGCUGGUAAUGAGGCUGCAAUGACGCCACUCAGAUUGAUUGAUAUGGAAACGAAUAAGGUAUUAUGGAAAAAUGAGAACCCUUCAUCUACUUUAUAUUGUAGGCCGAUCAAGUUUUUAUUUAAAAAGGAAAAUGCUGAUUUAGUGCGGAAUACGGAAAAGGAAAUAAUAACAAAAAUUGAAAAUUUGAUUCCUAUUGAGAUUAAAACAAAAGAAGGGCACUCUUAUAUAAUUGAAGUUGAUAUGAUGUUAACAAUGUUGGACGGCAGUGUUGGGAACGUUCUAUCAGAGACAAAUUCAUCUAUGAAGUGCACCAUUUGCGGAGCCACACCCAAUUAA